UGAGUUGAGUAUAUAUUCUCCAAUUUAAUGAAAGUAUUAUAAAUCUGUCAUUGCACCACUGUAUCUUGACUAUGAAUCGGUUCCCUCGACUUCGUCGAUUCCUUUGGCAGCCACCAUCUCCUCCACGAAUACCCAAGUCUUCCGGAUUUCCUAUAUUAGACCCCACCAUAAAAAUUGAGGAAGAGCGAAUGCCCGCAUAUGAUCGAGGCCUUUUCUAUCCAGUCAAAAUUGGGGAUGUUUUUGUGUCUAGAUAUCAGGUUCUCAGCAAGUUGGGAUUUGGCGCAAAUUCAACAGUUUGGUUUUGCCGUGACCUCCAUCAUCAUCGGUAUAUUGCACUGAAGAUUUACAUCUGCGGGUCUGAGGAUCGAGAAGUGCGUGUACUUAGGCAUCUUUCGGAUGUGAAAACGCAUCACCCCGGCAGCGCUCUCGUCCGUAAGAUGAUAGAGGAGUUUGAAAUUGCGGGGCCGAGUGGCAGCCAUCAAUGCAUUGUUCAUGAACCGCUUUUAACAAGCCUUUUACAUUUUCAGGCAACCUUGAAUCCAAAGAGCCUUCCCGAGGACUUAUUGAAAGGAGUACUACAACAACUGUUACUUGCUCUGGAUUAUCUACACACAGAAGCCCAUGUAAUACAUACUGAUAUACAAGCCAAGAAUAUUAUUAUUGGUUCUAAAGAUGAUUCCAUUUAUCGCGAAUGGGAAAACGACGAGGAAACUGAGCCCAGCCCGCAGAAGAUUGAUGGCUCCUAUACUGUCUACAAGUCUCGGCCGUUCCUUCGUAAGAAGGGUUGGAGCGGUUUUGGAAUGCCACUUCUCUCAGACUUCGGCGAAGCGCGUCUAGGGGACGUGCAUGAUGGAUUGAUCCAGCCAGACAUUUAUCGUGCGCCUGAAGUCAUCCUUGGGAUGAAUUGGACGUCAAAAGUUGAUAUAUGGAACGUUGGAGUGCUAGUCUGGGACCUAUUUGAGGACCACCAUUUGUUUGAUGGUAGGGCACCCAACGGGAAUCACUCAGAUGUACACCUUCUUGCUGAAAUGGUAGCUAUGCUGGGCCCUCCACAAUGUAAUUUUCUUCGCAAGUCUCCUCAGAGUCAAAAGUACUGGGAUUCCAUGGGGCAAUGGACAGCUGCCGUAGAAGUACCGCACUAUUCAUUAGAGGAAUCGGAAGAAUACCUUGAGGGUGAAAACAAGGUGAUGUUUAUGCAGUUCAUCCGAAAAAUGCUACGAUGGGAUCCGGAGGAGAGGCAGAGCGCCCGCGAACUUCUAUCGGAUCCAUGGUUAACUGCCCAGUGACAGAC